GAAUCAGGGUUAGUUAACGGUGGAAAAUGGCGCCUGGAUGCGGCUCUUAUUUAUGCUAACAGUGAAGACCAAAAAAAAAAAAAAAAAAAGUCUGAGGAGAGAAACUGUGGAUGUUCCUGAAGCGGUGAAGACCAUUCCGAGCUGAUAGUUAGUGAAUUUGAGUGAAGAUGACGCGCUGGAUUCCGACCAAGAAAGAGAAGUACGGUGUCGCGAUUUAUAACUACGAUGCUCGCAGUGAGGAGGAGCUUUCACUGCAGAUCGGAGACACAGUGCACAUACUGGAGACGUAUGAAGGCUGGUACAGGGGACACCGGCUGAGGAGGCGCUCAAAAAAGGGCAUAUUUCCUGCUUGUUACAUCCAUCUGAAAGAGGCCACAGUUGAAGGCAGCGGACCAAAGGAGACGGUCAUUCCCACAGAGCUGCCUCUGGUGCAUGAGGUCACCACCACUCUGCGAGAAUGGGCUUCCAUCUGGAGGGAUUUGUAUGUGGGUGACAAGCGUGAGAUGUUUAAUACUGUUCGUGACAUGAUCUAUGACCUCAUCGAAUGGCGAUCACAGAUUUUGUCAGGAACUCUUCCACAGGACGAGCUCUCUGAACUCAAGCAGAAAGUCACCUCCAAGAUCGACUAUGGCAACAAGGUUUUGGAUCUGGAUCUGGUGGUGAGAGAUAAGGAUGGGAACAUUUUGGAUCCAGACCUCACCAGCACCAUCAGCCUGUUCCGAGCACACGAGGCUGCAUCCAGACAGAUUGAAGAACGCAUUCAGGAGGAGAAGUCUCAGAGACAGAAUCUGGAUCUGAGUCGACAGGCCAAGUUUGCCUCCACGCCAUCCUUUGCUCUCUUUGUGACGCUGAAGAACGUGGUGUGUAAGAUCGGAGAGGACGCCGAGGUGCUCAUGUCCCUCUACGACCCCAAUGAGUACAAAUUCAUCAGUGAGAACUAUCUUGUCCGGUGGUCCAGUUCCGGUCUGGUCAAAGACAUUGAUCAGCUUCACAACCUGCGAGCUGUGUUCACAGAUCUGGGCAGUGAGGAUCUGAAGCGGGAGAAAAUCAGUUUUGUCUGUCAGAUUGUCCGAGUUGGGCGCAUGGAACUGCGAGACAACAACACUAAAAAGCUGACAUCCGGGCUUCGAAGACCCUUCGGAGUAGCAGUAAUGGAUGUCACUGAUAUCAUCACUGGCAAGAUGGAUGACGAAGACAAGCAGCACUUCAUCCCUUUUCAGCCGGUGGCAGGCGAGAAUGACUUUCUGCAGAGCGUCAUCAACAAAGUCAUCAGCGCCAAAGAGGUCAAUCAUAAAGGCCAAGGGCUUUGGGUCACUCUGAAGCUGUUGCCAGGUGAUAUCCAUCAGAUCCGGAAGGAUUUCCCCCACCUGGUGGACCGCUCCACUGCCGUCGCUCGCAAAAUGGGCUUCCCUGAGAUCAUCAUGCCAGGCGAUGUUCGUAAUGACAUUUAUGUGACGCUGACUCACGGGGACUUUGAUAAAGGCAGUAAAACCACGCCCAAGAAUGUGGAAGUCACCAUGUCUGUGUAUGAUGAGGAAGGAAAGAGACUGGAGAACGUGGUCUUCCCUGGCGCUGGAGAUGAGGGAAUUACAGAGUACAAGUCUGUCAUUUACUAUCAGGUCAAACAGCCGCGCUGGUUCGAGACCAUCAAGGUGGCCAUCCCUAUUGAGGAUGUUAACAGGAGUCAUCUGCGCUUCACUUUCAAACAUCGCUCUUCUCAGGAUUACAAAGACCGUUCAGAGAAGAUCUUUGCCUUGUCUUUUGUGAAGCUGAUGAGAUAUGACGGCACAACACUCAGGGAUGGAGAACACGAUCUUAUUGUCUACAAGGCUGAAGCUAAGAAGCUGGAGGACUCUUGUCUCUAUCUGAGCCUGCCAGCCACCAAGCUCGAGCUAGAGGAGAAAGGCCAUUUUCCCACGGGCAAAAGCUCACAGACCCUGGGCAACUGUACCAUCAGCAAGGACUCUUUCCAGAUUGCCACUCUGGUGUGUUCCACCAAGCUCACACAGAAUGUGGAUCUGCUCGGUUUGUUGAAAUGGCGUUCGAACACCAGCCUGCUCCAGCAGAACCUGUGUCAGCUGAUGAAGGUGGACGGAGGAGAAGUGGUCAAGUUCUUGCAGGACACCCUGGAUGCUUUAUUCAACAUAAUGAUGGAAAACUCUGACAGUGACACGUUUGACACACUGGUGUUUGAUGCCUUGGUGUUUAUAAUUGGAUUGAUAGCAGACCGAAAGUUCCAGCAUUUUAACCCUGUUCUGGAGACGUACAUCCGGAAACACUUCAGUGCCACCCUGGCUUACACGAAACUGACAAAGGUUUUGAAGAACUACGUGGACCAUGCGGAGAAAUUGACAGACCAGCUGCUGAAGGCCAUGAAGGCUCUGGAGUACAUCUUCAAGUUCAUCGUGCGUUCUCGAGUCCUCUUCAACCAGCUGUAUGAGAAUAAAGGAGAAUCAGAUUUCAUGGAGUCAGUGAGGAAUCUCUUCACCUCGUUCAGCAUCAUGAUGAACAGUGAUGCUGAGAGCACCAGCAUGGUCAAGGGUGCAGCGUUGAAAUAUGUUCCUACCAUCGUCAAUGACGUCAAACUGGUCUUUGACCCAAAAGAGCUCAGUAAGCUGUUCAGCGAGUUCAUCCUGAAGGUGCCACCAGGUCGCUUGGUCAAGCAGAAGCUCUACUGCAUGAUCGACAUCGUCCACAGUGACCUCUUCACACAACACGAUUGCAGAGAGAUCCUUCUGCCACUCAUGACUGAUCAGUUGAAGUUUCACUUGGAACAGCACGAGGAGCUGGAGGCCUGCUGCCAGCUGCUCAGCAACAUCCUGGAGGUGUUAUACAGGAGUGAUGUGGGUCCGACUCAAUGGCAUAUUCAGAUCAUUAUGGAGAAGUUGUUAAGGACCGUGAACAGGACAGUGAUCUCACUGGGACGCGACUCUCCCCUCAUUGGCAGUUUUGUGGCGAGUAUGACAGCCACGCUCCGACAGAUGGACGACUAUCACUACGCUCACCUAAUCAACACCUUCGGCAAGAUGAGGACAGAUGUGGUGGACUUCUUAAUGGAAACAUUUAUCAUGUUCAAAGACCUCAUCGGGAAGAACGUCUACCCCACUGACUGGGUCAUCAUGAACACGAUGCAGAACAAAGUCUUCCUGCGAGCCAUCAAUCAAUACGCAGCCGUGCUGAACAAGAAGUUCCUGGACCAGACCAACUUUGAGCUACAGUUGUGGAACAACUACUUCCACCUUGCCGUGGCCUUCCUUACCCAGGAAUCUUUGCAGCUGGAGAACUUUUCAAGUGACAAACGAGCAAAAAUUUUUCAGAAGUAUCAGGACAUGAGGCGCCAGAUUGGCUUUGAAAUCCGGGACAUGUGGUACAAUCUGGGUCCGCACAAAAUCAAGUUCAUCCCUGAGAUGGUGGGGCCAAUUCUGGAGAUGACACUUGUGCCAGAGAUUGAGCUGCGCAAAGCAACGAUCCCCAUCUUCUUUGACAUGAUGCAAUGCGAGUUCCACUUCACACGCAGUUUCCAAAGGUUUGAAAACGAGAUCAUCACGAAGCUGGAUCACGAGGUGGAAGGAGGCCGUGGAGAUGAGCAGUACAAAAUUCUCUUCCAGAAGAUCCUGUUGGAGCACUGUAGGAAACAUAAAUACCUGGCGAAGAGUGGGGAGAACUUUGUGAGUCUGGUGGUGCGUCUGCUGGAGAGGUUGCUGGACUACAGGACUAUCAUGCACGAUGAGAGCAAGGAGAAUCGCAUGAGCUGUACAGUUAAUGUGCUGAAUUUCUACAAGGAGAUUGAGAGAGAGGAGAUGUACAUCAGGUACCUGUAUAAAUUAUGUGACCUGCAUAAGGAGUGUGAUAACUACACUGAGGCUGCCUACACUCUAUUACUGCAUGCCAAGCUUCUCAAGUGGUCAGAAGAGGCCUGUGCAGCUCACCUGACUCAGAGAGAUGGAUAUCAGGCGAGCACUCAAGGUCAGCUCAAGGACCAGCUCUACCAAGAGAUUAUCAACUACUUCGACAAGGGAAAGAUGUGGGAGGAGGCCAUCUUACUGGGGAAGGAGCUUGCAGAACAGUACGAGAAUGAGAUGUUUGACUUUGAGCAGCUCAGUGCUUUACUGAGGAAGCAGGCACAGUUCUAUGAGAACAUAGUGAAGGUGAUCAGACCAAAACCAGACUACUUUGCAGUGGGUUAUUAUGGUCUGGGUUUCCCUUCUUUCCUCAGGAGUAAGAUGUUUAUCUACCGAGGGAAAGAGUACGAGCGGAGGGAGGAUUUUGAGGCAAGGCUCCUCACACAGUUCCCCAACGCUGAGAAGAUGAAGACCACCACUGCCCCCAGCGACGAGCUCCGCCUUUCCUCCGGCCAGUAUAUUCAGUGUUUCACGGUGAAGCCGAUACUUGAGCUUCCUCCCAAAUUCCAGAACAAGCCCGUGUGUGAGCAGAUAGUCAGUUUUUACACCAUCAAUGAAGUUAUUAAGUUCCAGUACUCCAAACCCUUCCGCAAAGGCGAGAAAGAUCCGGAUAACGAAUUUGCUAAUAUGUGGAUUGAAAGGACUACAUAUGUCACAGCUUACAAGCUCCCCGGGAUCCUGCGCUGGUUUGAAGUCAUUUCGGUCUCUACAGAGGAGAUUAGCCCUCUGGAGAACGCCAUGGAGACCAUGCAGUUAACCAAUGAGAAGAUCAACAACAUGGUCCAACGCCAUCUCAAUGAUCCCAACCUUCCCAUCAACCCCCUGUCUAUGCUGCUCAAUGGCAUUGUGGACCCCGCAGUGAUGGGUGGCUUUACCAACUAUGAAAAGGCAUUUUUCACAGACAAGUACAUCCAGGAGCACCCUGAGGACCAGGAGAAGAUUGACAAGGUGAAGGACCUUAUCGCCUGGCAGAUCCCGUACCUAGCAGAAGGUGUGCGUAUUCAUGGUGAGAAGGUGACCGAGGCCCUGCGACCAUUCCAUGAGCGUCUGGAGGCAUGCUUCAAACAGUUAAAGGAGAAGGUGGAGAAACAGUACGGUGUGAAAUCACUGCCCCCGGUGGCCGAUGAGCGUCGUGGCGCACGUCCGCGCUCAAUGGUGCGCUCCUUCACCAUGCCCUCGUCUCAGAGACCGCUGUCUGUCGCAUCGGUCACCUCGUUAUCAUCAGACAACUCACCCUCAAGACCAGGAUCUGAUGGCUUUGCUCUGGAGCCCCUCUUGCCAAAGAAGCAGCACUUUAAGUCUCAGGACAAGCUGGACCGAGAUGAACCUGAAAAAGACAGGAAGGAGAAGAAGAAAGAAAAAAGAAACAGCAAACACCAAGAGAUCUUUGACAAGGAGCUGAAGGCUGCUGACAUUCCCAUGCAGUCAACUGAAGCAGUCAUCCUGUCCGAGACGAUCAGUCCACUGCGUCCCCAGAGACCAAAGAGUCAAGUGAUAAACGUGUUGGGAGAUAAGAGGCUCUCUGUAUCUCCAGGACCUGCUGCUCCACCACAGACUACUUCUACUCUUCCUCCUCCCAUCACUCCAAGAACCAAGCUUUCCUUCAGCAUGCUUUCCUCCUCCAAUCUAGAACUGAACGGGAUGGGCUAUGGGGAGACUCCACCCCCUCUGCCAGUCAAAAGCAGUAUGGGUGAUUAUGGAAACCUGAUGGAAAACCCAGAGCUGGCCAGCCCAACCACACCACCCCCUCCUCCUCAACAUCAGCGGCAUUUGCCCCCUCCACUGCCGAGUAAAACCCCUCCCCCUCCUCCUCCGAAAACCACAAGGAAGCAGACGUCCAUUGACUCGGGAAUUGUCCAGUGAGAAUGGCAGUGUAUCAAACAGAAACUUCGGCGCUUCCACAGACGCUGGGCUUGGGCGAUUUUUGAAUUGGCCUGACUGACAGUGUGAUAGAACCAAGAGUUCAUAGCAACUCCCUAAUCAUCUUCAUGCUGAAAGAGCCGGCCUGUCCAGGGACUCGCUCCUUUUUUUUCCUUCUUCCACUCGCCAAUAAUUAGUCAAAGCCUCAGUCAGAUCAGGUGGUAGUGCCAGGUAUGUUAUCUGAUCCGUUUCACACAUCUACAAGCCUGUAAAAUGAAAUUGUGUGAUGAGUCAGAUGGCGAAAAUGAACAAAUCAUGACCUGUCUGGUAUAAGCAUGCAGGAGGUUUGCAGCGUUAGAAUAAUUGUUAGUUUAAUACGUAGCCAGCUGAUUUAGUUAAGAUCUUUGGACUUGCUUUUUUCCUUUGUCUGACUUUAUGAUCAAGACAUGACCAACCACUCCAAAGCUUAGGGAUCAUCGCAUAAUCAGAAUACUUUAUACCUUUCCACUGCUUUUUUUUCCAAUAUAUACACGUGUACAGAUGUUUGUAUAUAUGAUUUUUUUUUUUCUUCUGGAAGUGUAUUUUAUAAUGAUGGUAUUAAUAUUGGGGCAAAUUAACUAGCAUUUUUUUUUAAUCCAAAAAGGGCUUUUUAGGAUUUUAAAUGACAGGGAUUGUAAAGUACUUCUUUGUACUAUUAUUGAAUAUGCUUUUUUUUUCCCUCUUCUAUUUUCAAGUGCACACAUCUAACUUCCAUUGUUAUAUCUUUGUAUAGAAACUGUAAUGCUGUAACCUUUUAUGAUUACGAUAACAAUGACUGUUCCAAAUUCACUACUGACUUAAAUAAAUUCAUCGUAUGUAUUUUUAAAUAUGGCUACUGGGGAUGCGCUGUCCUAAGAGUAUGGUUAAAAUUAAUCUGUGAUGUAUUUCUGGUGCCUUCUCCCUGGUUAAAGCACUGUUGAUUGAUGACCCUGAUCUGCCGCUAGACUUUUCCACAUUCAUUCUUAUACAUUCCCUCUGCAAGUUACUUCGCAUUAAAGGGUAAUGGUGCAA